AUGCUUCCCUACGAAGCCUUGUAUGGAAGGAAAUGUCGGACCCCUCUUUGUUGGAGUGAAGUUGGUGAAAGAAAGCUUGUUGGUCCUGAAAUCGUGCAACAAACAGAGGACAGGGUAAAAAUUAUCAAGGAUCGUCUAAAGAUUUCUUCGGAUAGACAAAAGUCGUAUGCUGAUCUUAAAAGGCGUGACAUUGAAUAUCAAGUUGGACCAGUAGUACUCUUAAAGGUGUCUUCAUGGAAAAAGAUUAUGAGAUUUGGCCAAAAAGGAAAUCUUAGACCCCAAUUUAUUAGACCUUAUGAGAUACUUGAAAGGGUUGGACCAGUUGCAUAUAAAUUAGCUUUGCCACCGGAGUUAGACAAUAUCCACAAUGUCUUCCAUGUUUCUAUUCUCAGAAGAUAUCGUUCUAAUCCAUCUCAUGUUCUUCCAGCUGAAUCUAUUGAGGUUAAUCCUGACUUGACGUAUAAUGAAGAACCUAUUCUAAUUCAAGAUCGAGAAGUAAAGCAACUUAGGAACAAGAGAAUCCGCUUAGUAAAGGUACUUUGGAGGAACCAUUCUGGAAAAGAAGCUACCUGGGAGAGAGAAGAAGACAUGAGAACCCAGUAUCCGCACUUGUUUCUGGACUAG